AUGACACUCUUGCAAGAAAAUCUAGAAGACAAAGCACAAAUUAGAAAUUUGGUGGAAAAAAUAGAAAAACUAGAAAGAAGAAGUCGUGCUACUUGUAUAGAAAUUAGAAAUAUUCCGAGUGUGAAAACCGAAAAAACGCAGGAAUUACAAGAUAUUGUUAAAUCACUUGGCGAUGUGCUCAAAGUCGAGAUUGACCCUUAUGAAAUACGAAACAUCCACAGGGGAUUUUCAAAAAAUGAGAAAUAUAAACCAUUAAUUGUGGAAUUUUCGUCGGUAAUCAUUAAGGACAAAAUAUUGAGCUCGGCAAAACGUUUCACUAAGGACAAUAAUGGCGACAGACUGAACACCAAGCAUCUGAGCCUCGAUGGACCUCAAAAAACAGUUUAUGUGUUGAAUUUCCUUACACCAAGCAUGAAAAGACUCUAUUUCCUUGCAAGAGAUUUUGCUGCGAAAAACAAGUACAAGUUCUGCUGGGCUACUCCAGGUAAUAUAUUGUUACGUAAGAAAGAAAAUGAGCCCUCAAUUCGGUUAAAAAACGAACAAGACCUCAAGCGCUUGGAAACUACAUAA